GACGGCGCUGGCUGAUCUUCACACGACAACAUACCAGUGAACUGCAUUAGCAAGGUCGAAAGUAGGACAAUAACGCAGACUUUGCACUAUAUGUUCGUUCAAAGGUCUUGUUGUAUCGGUUACGGGCUCUUGCCUUUUAGAAACAUCACUGUGAAAUAGCAGUCGAGUGCUUUGUACGUCCAGGCAGUAUUUUCGCUCGUACAGUGGUUGCAUUUAGCUGGUUUAGCAUUCAUCAUGGCUAUGGUGGGACUGAGAGCCUCUUAUCGCAAAAUCCUGGACAGGAUCGAGCAUAUGCUCCCGGCUAAACUGAGACCUGUUUAUAACCACCCAGCAGGUCCAAAGACUGUGUUCUUCUGGGCACCAAUGUUUAAAUGGGGUCUGGUGAUAGCUGGCUUAGCAGACAUGACACGUCCAGCAGAUAAACUCAGUACCUCCCAGUCUGCUGUAUUGACAGCCACAGGUCUUAUUUGGUCAAGGUAUUCCCUGGUUAUAAUACCCAAGAACUGGAACCUUUUUGCUGUAAAUUUCUUUGUUGGAGGUGCAGGAGGAUCGCAGCUCUUCAGAAUAUGGCAACAUAACCGGGAACAGAAGGCAAAGGAGAAAGACACUGAAGCUUGAUACCAGUGUUUCUUAAAGUGCAUCUAGAGGACCGAAAGGGACUCCCUUCGACUGGUACCCCAGAACCCCCACCGUCAUUCAGUAGAGCCUCCUCACACUUUCUGCAUGAACAGAAUUCAUGUGAUUUUUAUUUUUUUUAGAGUUCAGGCCUUUUUAUUGUCCUGUGCCACUAGAAACCAUAGCAACUAUUACUGAUAAGAACGCACAACAUGUUACAUAUAUUCAUGUUAGUAUGAUUGUACAUUCUUUAAAAUGCUAAUGAUUGAUUUGCAUCUUGAUAAAGGUGCUUUUCAAUGUAUCAUACUUGAGUUACAAUAAUACUGCUUGCCAUUAAUUCCUAAGUGAAUUUCUUGACUCAGCCUCAGUUAUACUGUCUCCAAAUAAAUUUUAGAACGGUCUGUUUUCGUAACAUGUAUUUCUAUGGAAAUAUUUAUUAAUUGGCUGUAAUGUAUUUUUGUUUUAUUUUGUUAUUCAACUCUACAAAGUCAUAUCUUCAGUAACAUGAAAUUCAAAUAAAAAGUUUUAUAUCAGAUCCUAUACAUCAUGAAACACAUGUUGAAUUGUAUUGUAAUAAUUGACAUUUUUAAUUCACACCAAAAUAAACUAACAAUAAAGUCAGCUUUGCUACAA